UUUUAUGAAUUAUUUGGAUAAUUGCAGGUACAUUGUAUUCAUUGAGCAAAUGUUGCACGAACUUGUAGUGUAGUUGACGAUGCUAACUGCUGUGUAUUUUACAUCGAGGCAAAUUGAACUGAAUCUUUUGCAAACACCAUCUCUGCAUAGGUCUCCGUUCGGGGAAAAAGCUGGUGGUAAAUUAAACAAUAUAAUUGGUAAAAAAAUUACAAUUAAAAAGUAGGCCGUCAUCGACGACGAGGUAGGACCAUCAGACAGCAAGUGGAAAGUACACAGAGUGGUAUCAACAGAAGAACAUUCAAACACACAUCAACAGUCGAGUAGAAGAGCAGCCGCGUGUUGUGCAGUUUUACCGGUACGAAAUCAAAAACGGAAAUUGGAAAGUACUUUUACUCUUAAUUAGCGGCACGGCCGAUCAAUUUCUAUUGGAAAGACUAAUCAGUGUUCAAGUGGUUAAUUGCCGGAAAAGGAAAAUGGAAGUGUUUAAGCUGAUACUUCCACUAGCCCUUGUGGUUACACUGUCAUGGGGUGAAGAAAUCCAAAAGAAAACUGCGCCUUUUCACACGAGAACUGAGCUGAAAGUAUCCAGAAGUUUGAAUCCAGAAAGCAUCCAAACUUUAAACGUGAUGACUCGGGACGGAAAUGUUGCCCAGCUAAUUGUUAAGCGAAAGGAUCGAUCUAAUCCAGAAAGCAGCGCUGGGAAUUUGGCACAAAGCCGUUUUGUGGAAAUCGGCAGCUCAAACAAUGAUCAAAUCCACCAAAGCGAUGAUUCCAGAAGGUUUAUCACAAACCCUCCGUCGAACAUUUACAGAACCUACAAAAGGCUUGGAUUAAAUCCUUAUAGCAACUACUUGGAAAAAGAUGUGCAGGAACUUUCAACUGGUCCCAAUUCUUCCACGCCUAAGUUCGUCCCCAACUGGAUUCCAUUGUCUCAAAUUUACUAUCAACCUCAGCAGCUGGUCAGACUGGACUCUAUUGCGGUGGUGAAGAAUGCCAGCGAUUUUCGAACUGUUAACAGUGGAUUAGGAAAUGUUAUCGACAGCGACAGAAUUCCUCAUGUGAUUCCAAAGCCGGUAAAUAUCCGAUCCAGUGAGGUUUUCGUCAAAAACUCCGACAGGAAGCGCGGUCGAUCCGUUCUUCAACUGGAUAGUGAUGGCAUUCCUGUUAUCCAUGGAGUCCGAGUUCCGGAUGAUCCGUCAGAUACCAAGACCUGGAGGAAUGCCAGAGUAAUAAAUGGCGAACUAGUGCCCUAUGAGAAAGGCUACAAGCCUCCUGCAGCCAUUCCAGUAGGAGAGCUGGUGUAUGCGAGCCAAGCAGUACCUGACAAAGAUGAGCACAAAUCUCUGGGGCCGUUCUCGAAGGAAGAUAACUUCAAACCCUCCCAGGAAAGACAACAUUCUGCAGGCCCUUAUACUGUUAAGGACAACAUAUCGUCCGAACGCCCUCUUAAGGAGAGUGAUGAAGGCAAAUUUACUAAAUUCAGCUAUUCCGCGGGCUUAGGGCCCUUUACCAAAGAAGACAACAAAGCGCCGGCUAAAAUAAAGUUCGUCGAUUACAUCAAAGAAAUCAACGCAAAGGAAGCAAAGAAGAACAGCCAAAGAAAGUAUCGGGCAUAUGAAACCAGCGGCCAACAGAAUUACUUUGAUAAUGCCCAAAAAAAUCAGGACUAUCCGUACUCGAGCAGUUAUGAGUCCACUCAAAACCCCAACAACCAGUUUCAGAGGAGAAUGCUGACUUAUCCAUCCAGCCAAGAAUACUAUCCACCUUCGGAAAUGUACAGCCCUCCAAGUGCUACGAAGUUAAGCCCGGUGAAUUUUAACGAAGGAGUUCGCACUCCGGUUCUUCAGUACGCGCAUCCAGAGCUGGGAGUGCAGCCAGCCAAAGUGACCAAUGAAGAGGAUGACUAUGGGACUGGAGUUGUCCGGGACUCUUAUAGGGAAAAAGACUACACAGCUUAUGGAGACGUUAACACUGGAAGGCAGCAGCAAAACCGAUACUACUCAGACUCAGACAGUAACAGUCUGAGCUUCUACAAGAAGGACGUUCUGAACUACCCGUUCAACACUUACUAUAUCAAGCCCAGACCCGAACAGCCAUUUUGGAUGAAGAUCACUGAAAGCAUUAAAGACAACGUGCAAAACAGCAUUCAGAAAAUGCAGCGACUGACUCGCCCAGUGUUUGAGCCGUUGGUCGAAGCCACCCAGAAGAUUUCCCACAAUUUGGGCUUCAGUGGAGGAAAUGUGCAAAGAGCCGAAGAUAAAGUGGGUUUAAUAGCUCCGGUUGCUGGCACGUCUGUGAUUCUGCCCGCACUUGGCCUGGUGGCAGGCGGAGCAGCACUUGGUUUGGGGGCGGCUGCAAUGGGGCGGUUCUUCAGCCCAGUGGAAAGCAUGCGGGCAUUACAAGGCUUAGAUCAGAACCAACUCAGAGCUCUACAAGGCAUCGAUCCGAACAACAUUGUUUUUUUAAUGGAGGAGCCGCGAAAGGACGGUGAACCCAACCGUGUCGCCGAGGAGCUUCAUCAAAGGUUCCGAAGAAGUCUUCUGAUUGAAGAUGACUCUUUGCAGCUGACCGACCAAGCAGAGAAGUCGGGCAAGUUCAGCGGAUUAAUGAAUCCAGACUUCUGGACCGAUACGCCCUGUUCCAAGCAAAUAUUUUGCCAGGUGAUGCUUCAGCAGCAUCCAGACGAAUCAGUAUUUAUGGAAAAGAAAAUGAAUCGACUGGUGGCUUCCUUACAUAGCGAUAUGGCCCAGUCCGUAUCCCAUCACCUCCAGGAAGUGAUGGACGCCAUCAAGCAGCGAGAUUGUUCCAGGUUUUCUUGCAGCAGGAAAUUUCCGCUUCCGGCCCAGGCGGCGUAACGCUGGAAAAUCUCGGGACGAGAAAAACUACGGAUUUUCUCCCUCGAUAUCAAAGGCAGCCAUUAGGAAACGAAACAGUGGCGAGAGACUUUUUCGUGAAAGGCUAACUGGAUUCGAUGGAAAUAUAUUUUGUUAAGUUCUCGGACGCUUUCAGUUUUCGAAUGUUUUCUUGCGAAGCAGUUUUGAUAAUAUUUAUCAAAUCAUUCUGAACAAGUCACACAUUUGCGAAGUUAUUUAUUGAAAUUUUACUUUUAGUUACACAGUGUUACCUUUUCUCAUUUAGUCCAAAUGCCCAGGAUUGGCACGCAAAUGCAUGUUGGGCGCAAUACAGGGCGUCUCAAUGAAACGGAGGCCUUUAAAUUGUAUCUAGUAAUUUUAUAAGUUUGAGACUUUCUGUAUUAACUGGCUGUAUAUAUAAAUGCUUAUUUUAUUAGCAA